AUGAUGGAGCGAGGAGCUUUGGUUGGUUAUGCUUCUUCUUCAAAGUGCUAUGUUCCUGCUUUCCAAUUUCGCCAAGCAAGGAAAGUUUUUUCUUCAUUCAGGCCGAAAAUUAAGCCAAACCCUACUCAAUUCCGGUUUAGCUGUCCAUGGUUCAAGCCGGUUGGUCCCGUGUCUUCUACGGCAGCCGCGAAAUGCAAUAUGUUUGACUACGCGGUGAGCGCAGGCGGAGAUUUGGAGGGCGAGCAUCCUGUGGACGACAAACAGUUUGUGCGUUGGUUCCGUGAAGCUUGGCCUUAUCUGUGGGCCCACCGUGGCUGCACCUUCGUCGUUAUUAUCUCCGGCGAGAUCAUUUCCGGCCCUUACUGUGAUCCCGUUUUGAAGGCAUCGUUUCUCUUUCACCCUCUUUUAUAUUCAACUACUUUCGACAUAGCGUUUCUUCAUCAUCUGGGGAUAAGAUUUGUUCUAGUUCCUGGAACUCAAGAGCAAAUCGACCAGCUUCUGUCUGAGAGAGGACGCGAGGCUACAUACGUGGGACGUUACAGAGUAACGGAUGCGGCAUCUUUGCAGGCUGCUAAGGAAGCUGCAGGAGCAAUAUCGGUGAUGCUUGAGGCCAAACUAUCUCCUGGACCUUCCAUUUGCAAUAUCCGUAGGCAUGGUGACAGUAGUCGUUUGCAUGAUAUUGGUGUCAGGGUUGAUACCGGCAACUUCUUUGCAGCAAAAAGGAGAGGAGUUGUUGAUGGUGUUGAUUUUGGAGCGACAGGUGAAGUGAAGAAGAUAGAUGUAGAUCGGAUUUGUGAGAGGCUUGACGGUGGUUCUGUAGUUUUAUUAAGGAAUCUGGGCCACUCGAGCUCCGGAGAAGUCUUAAAUUGCAAUACCUAUGAGGUUGCUACAGCUUGUGCAUUAGCUAUAGGAGCAGAUAAGCUGAUUUGCAUUAUGGACGGUCCAAUCCUUGAUGAGAGCGGACACCUUAUUCGUUUCUUGACGCUUCAAGAAGCAGAUAUGUUAGUGAGAAAACGGGCACAGCAAAGCGACAUUGCUGCCAAUUACGUAAAAGCUGUUGGAGAUGGAAGUAUCGCUUACCAGGAACCUCCUAAGGUUACUACUUCUCCUCCUAACGGAAGAUCAGCAUUCUGGGGAAACGGAAACCACACUCCGCUGUUUCAGAACGGUGUCGGAUUUGACAACGGGAACGGAAUGUGGUCCGGUGAGCAAGGUUUUGCUAUCGGAGGAGAGGAAAGACUAAGCCGCUUGAACGGUUACCUUUCCGAAUUGGCUGCUGCUGCGUUCGUCUGCAGGGGUGGAGUCAAAAGAGUUCAUUUGUUGGAUGGUACUACAAGUGGAGUUCUAUUGUUGGAGCUUUUCAAAAGAGAUGGCAUGGGGACUAUGGUUGCUAGUGAUGUUUACGAAGGAACUCGAGAUUCCAAAGUGGAAGAUCUUGCAGGAAUUAGACACAUAAUCAAACCCUUGGAGGAAGCUGGGAUUUUGGUUCGCAGAACCGAUGAGGAGUUACUGAGAGCGCUGGAUUCGUUCGUGGUUGUGGAAAGAGAAGGUCAGAUCAUCGCUUGCGCGGCUCUGUUUCCGUUCUUUCAAGACAAAUGCGGAGAAGUUGCUGCAAUCGCGGUUGCUUCAGAUUGUCGCGGUCAAGGCCAAGGCGAUAAAUUGCUAGAUUACAUAGAGAAGAAAGCUUCGUCUAUCGGAUUAGAGAGGCUGUUUCUGCUUACAACGCGAACAGCAGAUUGGUUUGUGAGACGCGGAUUUCAAGAAUGUUCAUUCGAGAUGAUACCAGAGACCAGAAGGCAAAAAAUCAACCUUUCCAGAAAAUCCAAGUACUACAUUAAGAAGUUGCUACCAGAUAGGAGUGGCAUUUCAGUUACGAGGGUAUAA